AUGGAGGAAGAGGAAGAAACACCGAACGAGGAAGAAACACCGAUAACAUGGAAGAAGAGGGUCAAGAUGGCUCUGCCCCAUGCGGCACUCUACUUCGCGUUGUUCAUGUACCUUAUGGCCGGAGCGGCGCUGUUCUAUCGGUUGGAAUACGAGGCGGAUGAGAAGAUUCAAAGCGAAAAACUUGACCGAAUUAAGCAUGACUAUCGAGUUAUUGAUGCAGCUCUUCGAGAGAUGGCUCCUCAGGAGGCCUACGACGCUUACCGAGAUCGGAUUUUUGAGCAAAUUGGAGAGUUGUCGUCAUUGCACGAAAACCGGCCAUUCCAAUUACAAGAUGGAAUGCCAUCCGAAGAAGCCCUCCACCACGAUGGAGCCGGAACAACAACUGGUUAUUCAUAUGCGGUGCCGGUUACUCUAUUUGGUCAACUUUUGGCGAUCAUUUAUGGUUUACUGGGGAUUCCAGUGAUGGUCCUGGCAGCUGUCGAUAUUGGCCGAUUCCUUUCGCAUAUCGUACUGGAACUUUAUGCCAAAGUAAGUUGCUCAUCGAUCGUUGGGUUCGUGAAUUUCGAUCUACCAUUUCUUCCAGGACGAUAG